AUGAGCGCCCAAGAUAUUGUUUCUGGCCUUGCCAACCUCAUCUGGCUGCCAUGCGUCUUUACUCUCCUCCUCACUUUCGGGACGUACGCCUACUUCAAACGGCGUUACGAAACUCUCUUGAUGAGAGAGCGGCAGGUCAUGCACGAGCGCAUCUGGGAUGCAUACAAUGCACUGCGGGGCCAUCACGCGAGAACACCUCACGAUAUGGAGAAGACGGUGGAGGAAGUAUAUGCGCUUCUAAACAACGAGGAACAGCGGCAGAAAUACUACGGGGCGUACGACUAUGCUGUAGCCUACCGGGCUUUGAUGGAAGACGCUGCGAGGGCGAUGUAUGAUGAGAUGUAUGGCUAUAGGCCGGUGAUCAGAUGGUCUCCACGGGAGGGGUUCGGCGCCGGCUACGACGUCAGCAAUGCCGGGACUUAUCGCUCUGCGCGGGCACAGUCAUUUAUGAGCCCUAAAAGCGCUGCGCAGGUGUUUCCAGGUUCUCCGGCUGAGAGUUCUACCUCCACCAAUGGGGCUGAGCAUGAAAGACGGAGCAUUAUCGAUGACUUCCUCGCCAGCGCAAUUGAACAGGGCGCAAGUAUCACUAUGAGCUCUCCAGCUCCUGACUCCCCGCGAAAAGCUCCUAUCAAGACGCCACCAAUGCCGUUCGGAGCGUCCCGCACCCCCAUGUUCGCCAACGCCUCCGAAAGUCCCACGCAGUUUUCGCAUGCCACAAUUAACACCUCCAGCCCGUUCGUAAAGAUAUCGCCGAAUCUUGCACGGGGCUUCCCUUUUGAAGGCUUGAGCCUAAAGAGCAAGCACUCGCCGUUACAAAGUUCGUCUGCACCCGCGGAAGGUGUGGGUCUGGGGCUUGAUGGUGUUUCCAUGUCGGGUAAUGAUGGAGAACGGUCAUCUCGGAAACGGCGGAAGAGAGGUAGAAAGCGUACGCGCCAAGAGCCUAGCGAUGCUUCCAAUAGGCCUGAGUCGUAG